GACUGGAACUAGCUGAAUUGUGUUCAUGACGCCAUCCAGUAACAGGUUGCCAUUGAGAGACAUCGAGCUAAAAGGGGCAGAAAAACCAUCCAAAUACUUACCCCUUCUGGCUGUGUUUGCAUUUGGCUGAAACAAUGUCAGGGCAGCUCUCCAGCUUUACACCAGCUGGUUCCAGUGAAUACACACUGGGUAAAUCCUGAAGGACUGUAGUUUGGGAGUAUUUUCUUUUUUAAGAUCAGGGAGCUUCAGGAACACCACACUCUGACCAAAAUCUUUCUGUUCCGGCGAGUUGAGUGAGGUGGCUUUUUUUUUGUUUUUUUUUUUUUUUUUUCUUUUUCCCCAUGUAACUUCAGUUAAAGAGAACAGCAAGCCACAAAUUCGAAUUUUGCUGUCAUAUUGGGAAUUUGAAUUGUGUUUCUAACAGAUUUUUCUUCCUCAAGAUGCAUGUUGUGCUAAUAGAGGAAACCAAUUUGCAUAACUUCUGUCAAUCUGAAGCACUGCCUGAUCACUUUCUGGUACAGAAGGUUAGUUUAAAUGUUCCUUAUAUUUGUGAUCUCAUUAAUUUUUCAUCUUGGGAAAUGUUUUCAUGAUUCUAUUUGGUAUAGAGCAUGUGGAAAUGAAAUAUACUGAAAAAAAACGCCAGCAUAUUUGGAAAAGCAGUAAUUUUGUUUCCUUUUUCUUUGGCAUAAAAAUCCAGAAUUUCUAAUCUGGCCCAAACGUUAAUUCUCCAGUCUCGAGGUUAGCUUGGGAAGCAAUGUAUGCCUCCAUAUUUGCCCAUAUUUACACUUAUAAUGAAUAACUAUAUAAUUAUACAAUUAUACACUUACAAUUAAUAGUGUUCUGUUGGGGCUUUCUGGCUUUCCAGCAGAGGCCUUUUCUUUUGGUGAAAUUUAUUAUUUGAUAUUUCAUUUAAGUAGCUUUGAUGAUUAUAGAUCUGUGCUAGAAGGUUAAACUUGGAUAUAGCAGAAGGUUUUCAAACAGCAUAAUUCUUUCUGUCUAAUGGAAAUUUAUGGCUGUGAAAAAGCGAUGUUCAUUUGUAGUCUGGUAGAUUUUGCUGACAUUUAAUUACCUUAGCUCUUAAAAAAAAAAGUAUAGCAUAAUGAAGACUGGGUGGAGGAAAAACAGUGUCAGCUCUGUACUGCUUUAUGCCGUGCAUGUAAUCCUCAGCAGUGGCAGGAACACAUCACAGGAGAAGAAGGGAUCUCAGCAGAGUUCUGUUUUCAGUCCAAUCACCCCUGAAACAUCAGGUAAACUAUCAAAUAAAGAAAGGAGGAUGCUUUCUAGCUCAUGAUCAGUUGCAUUUGUACAAGUUAUCUCAUUAAGAUACUUCAGCUCUCCAAAAAAAAAAAAUCAAAUCAAAUCUAUUUCCUGCAGUAAUUGUCAAAGAAAAAUAAAUCACCCUUUUGAAUGAAAUGUCACUCCCGGCGGCCGGUGCAUAUUGCUCUUCUCUCGCAGUUUUCAACACCGGGAGCUGCAGAACUUGGCGUGCCCGCGGUCCCGCACUGCUGCGGCUGCCCGGGGCCCCGCGGGCGGCUCGGCACGCAGCGCUGCCAGCAGCCGCCCACCGGCACGGCCGGGCAGCGGCCCCGGGCCGGGCGGGGCGGGGGUCCGGGCCCCGCCCGAUUGGCCGCAGCGCGGGGCCCCGCGGAAGGUGGCGGGGGCGGCGCGGCGGUGCCCGCAGAAUGGGCGGCAGAGCCGGCUUCUUCGAGGUGGAAAUCCUUGACUGGGAGACAAAGAAACAGCUAUGCUUCCUAGAUAAGGUGGAACCAAAUGCUACAAUUAGAGAAAUCAGAUUGAUGUUCCAUAAAUUAUAUCCUCAGUGGUACCCAGCAAGGCAGUCAAUAAAACUUGAUCCAAAAGGAAAGUCCCUGAGGGAUGAAGAAAUCCUGCAGCACCUCCCUGUUGGCACAACUGCUACCUUAUACUUUAAAGAUUUAGGGCCACAGAUAGGAUGGACUACGGUAUUUUUGAUAGAAUAUACAGGUCCAUUGUUCAUCUAUUUUCUAUUUUAUUUCCGUAUGACUUUUGUCUAUGGACUGGAUGAGAGGUUUACAUCAAGCCCGCACCCAGUAGUUAACUUGGCAUGUAUCUGCCAUUCUUUCCACUACAUCAAAAGGUUGAUUGAAACAGUAUUUGUUCAUCGAUUCUCCCGUGGGACUAUGCCACUGAGGAAUAUUGUGAAGAACUGCUUAUAUUACUGGGGAUUUGCAGCUUGGCUUGCAUAUUACAUCAAUCAUCCUCUUUACACUCCUCCUUCUUAUGGGAAAAAACAGAUAAAUUUUGCUGUGAUCAUGUUUCUGCUGUGUGAAGCUGGAAAUUUUUCCAUUCACGUUGCACUCAGUGACCUCCAGAGAAAUGGAUCCAAAACCUGUAAGAUCCCAUAUCCAACAAAGAAUCCUUUCACAUGGCUGUUUUUCUUUGUAUCUUGCCCUAACUAUACAUAUGAGGUGGGGACCUGGAUCAGUUUCACUAUCAUGACUCAGUGUGUUCCAGUGGGGCUGUUCACCUUGCUUUGCUUCAUUCAGAUGACAGUCUGGGCAAAGGAUAAACACUGCACCUACUUACGAGAAUUCAAGGAUUAUCCAAGUCAUAGAAUGCCAAUUAUUCCCUUUUUGUUGUAA